CGUCGUCAUAUAUGUCAAAUUUUUAUAACAUGACAGCUCAUCUACUAUCUAUUGUAGAUAUAUUUUGAUAAACCACUUAAAAUUAAUUGUUGUUCCAUAACAUUUUAUCCAUAUGUCAAUGGAUAAACAGUUUAAAGUGUGUUUGUGAACAAUAAGAAUAUAUUAUAGACAGCCGUAAUAUUCCUAGAUAUCUUCAAAACUGUUCUAAAAUGUUGGAAAACGACACAUGUCGUUCGUUUACCCACGACAAUUUAACCCAGAUUGGUAAUGUUUAUGAAGGAAUUCCAGAGACUUUUCUUCUUAAUUUGGCAACAUGGGUCUUGUUAUUGUUAUUGUUUGCGGUUCUAAGAAACCGCGCGUGGGAUUAUGGAAGGUUAGCUUUAGUACAAAACGAAAGAUGGACGCAAUUAUUUUAUAAGUCAUCUUCCACAAGUCAAGCUUGCCAAGAAAGCAGUAGAGAAGCAUUAUUAGACACUGAUGUUGGAUGUAGAUGGAUACCAACAAUUUUUAUGAUUAAUAAACAAAAGAUUUUUGCUAGAUGUGGCCCAGAUGCCUUGCACUAUUUAUCUUUCCAACAACAUUUGUUAGGCUUAAUGGGAAUAAUUAUGAUUAUAUCAAUAUGUGUUAUCCUCCCAAUAAAUUUCCAAGGAAAUUUACAAGGAAAUGUUAACACCUUUGGGCACACAACAAUCAGUAAUCUAGAGUCAACAUCAAAUUGGCUUUGGGUACACAUUGUAACAGCACUUGUUUUUGUUCCCUUAACAAUAUUAAUAAUGCGAAGAUGUUCAAGCCAUAUUCCAAGUUCAACCUUAGUUUCAUCUAGAACCAUUAUGAUCACAAACAUAUCGCAUGCACAUCGAAAUACCGAAGACAUAAAAAAUUAUUUAUCAUACUGUUUUCCAAAUUUGAUUGAUAUAAAAGAUAUCCAACUUGCUUAUCGAAUCAAACAAUUAAUGCAUGUUGAAGAACAACGAAUGGCGGCCCAAGAUUGUUUAAUGUAUUGCGUAGGCAACAAGGCAGCCAACGUUAAAGUCAGAAAAAACGGAUGCAUCGUUUGUUGUCGAUGUAAUUUAGAAGAUGCGGAACUGUAUUAUUCCGAAUUAGAAAACGAAUUGAACGCGUUAGUACGAGAAGAACGCCACGUGGCAAUCGAAAGACCAUUAGGAAUAUGCUUUGUCACUUUUGAAACAGAAGAACAAGCCAAAUAUGUCGUCGAACAAUUUGUUCCUGGAACAUUAAGAAAAUGGAGUAUUUGGCGCGCUCCAAGCCCAUCAGAUAUCAACUGGGAAAAUUUGCAAAUCUCAAUGAGAUAUUGGUAUUCGAAAGCUAUAAUCAUAAAUUGUUUGCUUUUUAUUGUAUUCUUUUUCUUGACAACUCCCGCUGUCGUUGUAAGCACUUUCGAUUUUAUUUCAACUAAAGAUUACAUCAACAAAAUCACCCCGAUUUUCUCCGAAUUUCUUCCAACCCUUAUCUUAUUAACAAUGUCGGCUUUGAUGCCUGUUAUUGUAGCGUAUUCAGAUCAGUGGAUGUCUCACUGGACAAAAUCAAAACAAAACUUAGCUACAAUGAACAAAACAUUUAUAUUUUUAUUAUUUAUGGUCCUCAUUUUGCCGUCGUUGGGGUUAACUAGUGCCCAAGCUUUUGUUGAGUGGUCAAUUCAAAACAAGAAUAAAACUAUGCGUUGGGAAUGUAUCUUUUUAUCGGAUAAAGGUGCAUUUUUCGUCAAUUAUGUCAUCACUUCCGCUCUUAUCGGUACAGGACUUGAAUUACUCCGAUUCCCAGAGUUAGCAAUGUACGUCUGGAGGGUUUUGUGGAUGAAAUCUAAAGCGGAAGUCAUCACUAUACGAAAACAAAUUCUCGCGGUCUUUCCAUUCGGCAUACACUAUUCCUGGACGUUGCUAAUAUUUACGAUAAGCACCGCUUACAGCUUAAUAUGCCCUUUAAUCACACCGUUUGGAUUCCUGUAUCUUUGUCUUAAACAUUUAGUGGACAAGCACAAUAUUUACUACGUCUAUAAACCUAUAACAAUGUCUGAAGAAGGUCAUCAAAUCCAUAGUUCCGCCGUUCGAUUAGUUCGAGUUGGGGUAAUGUUACUUCAAACGACAAUGGCAGCUUUUGCAACAAUCCGUGGUGGUUUUAGUUUAAUGGCGAUUAUUACCAUUUUAGGAUUAUUCGGUUCAUUAGGAUUUUUCUUUAUGCUAAGUCCAUUUCCGUCAUGCCGACCGAAACAACGAAGCAAUUCCCACGAUGUACCCACCGAUGCCGACAGUUACAUAGCUCCCGUUUUAGUCACUUCCGAUCAGAUCUCACCCAUAUCGGUUAUUAGCAAUCAAAACGGGUAUGGAUCUUCUACCGUCACCGACGACGAAAUCGUUUUAUCUCGUCCGGGGUCCAGUAUGGCAUAAACUAUCCCUUUUCCCCGCUUUUAACCUGACCAGGGCUGUGAGACUGUAUUAAAAAAAUAUCGUUGUGAGGUUGUGGAUGAGCUUUAUCAUUUUUUUUUGUUAAACAAUUUCUUUUUAAAUAAAUACCUCGUUUGAGAUUUACCUUUUAUUUUAUUUUUCGUUUUCUUGCCGUUAUUAAAAAAAGAUGUUUCUAUAUUUUUGUUAUAAUGUGUUAUUUGUAAUCUAUGUAUUGUAUUUUAAUAUAUUUUACUAUAUACUGAUAAAAAUAAAUUCUGUGCAUAUUUAGAAAAA